CUUGUCUUUUAAGUACCCAUUCAGGAGUGAGCGUUUCUCUACCAAGACUAACAUGGUGUGGUUUCUUGCGCCUUCAGUGGUCAUUUGUGUCAGAUUCAUUGUUCUUUAUUUUCCGGAGUCUUGCAAACUCUAACAGUGACACCAAUCCAAGCGAAGUUUUCUUCGUCGGCUGCAACCUUUUUAGGGUUGGCCACUAUCUUACCACUUCGGUAUUUUCGGUAUUGUAACCGAUUGCCGGGAUGCUGCUUCUGGAGUAUGCAGGAAAGGAGAUGACUUGCUUCUUACAUAUGAAAUUCCAGUACCUCAAUGGCUCUUAUCUAUUUUGCUUCUGAUGUAAGAUUUGUUAUGCAUUUUUGUAUCAGGUCAUUAUCAGGACCAUCUAUACUUAUCUAAUUGCAGAAGCUGAAAUCCAACGUUAGAUCGAUCAUCCAGAAUUGCAUAUUGAAGGACUGGAUUAUCUAAGUACCUCACCCACACUGGGACAAUCAUGGAGUGAUAUCUGGUCCAUCUUUGUCAAGGAGACUGGAGAUAUUUGUGCAGUAAGAUGACCCUUUAUCUUGCUGGUGCUUCGGUCUAGAUCCAAAGUAAAGACAGGUCAAGUGGCUUCCAUCACAAAGCUUGCAAUACCUUUAUUCUGACACUGCUACCCUUUAGGGUGUUUGCUGUAGCGCACCCAUAGCAGAUAGUCCUAGAAAUUAAGAACUAAUUCUUUCUUACCUGCUUACUGAAAUGGUUAUUUUCAUAAAUUCAAUGCAGCCGUCAAGGUGGUGAUCCCCGUUGCAAUAUUGACAAAUUGGAUAUACUCCAAGCUAGACUGACCUUGAACGUUUGCGAUCCAGAUUAUCCUUGGUGGCUAGACCGAUGGGGGUGAGUGUUGACUUCUUGUGUCUCUCACAGUGGUCUCUCACACAACACCUUCCAGUUCUGGGAUGUUUGCCUCUUUUGUGAUGUGAAGAAUCGUGACUUUGUCUCACCUUCGGCUGCCAUCAGGUUGCUGUCCAAUUCUGAUGCAAACGAUUCUGCAUAAUUUCUGUUCGCAUCCUGUGCACAUCUUGCAUUUUAUUGGCAAACUCUACUACCCGUUGCAGUCUCUUAAAAUGCAAUCGAUCUUUCUUCAGGUCUAAUUGGUGGGCCACCUCUCUAGUUCAGCCUCUUUAAGUUCGAUGGCGUCAAAUAAUUCCACUACUAUACUAUAUCAAUUGGAGAAUGAUAACGAUUAAGUGUUCCAAACGUGGAUCUGUAAGCACAUAGCUUCUUACUUUAAGAAGAUUAUGAUUUAUCAAUUCAACAUGCAAUGAUCUGUACACACAGUCAUCCAUCCCUCCACUGAUUCUAUCACGGUCUACACGAAUGAUAGAGAGUAAUGAGGUCUCUUAGUAACAUUCAUCCUUCAAAGAGUCAAUCAUCGCCUUGUUGCUAUGUCGGGAGGUCUAAUGUGUGGGUUGAGUUUGAUUACCUGUGCUUUCUUUAAAACAACGGUUACUGUGGGUGUCUGCCUCGCUCUCUCAGGUGUUGGAUUAGCAAUGGCCAACAUGCCCUCCGUCCUCGCUGUAAACGACCAUUUUAGAGAAGAAUUUGUCUUCUGGAGUACAGUUGCGAGUUACGGCUACGCAGCUGGGUCCAUGCUGCUUCCUAUUGUUAUAGAAAGGUCACUCCAAGCCUAUGGUUAUGAGGGGGCGUUCCUAAUUCUUGGCGGUAUUGCCCUUCACCUUGUCGUGUGUGGAGCAACCAUUCGGAGGAAAGGUGAUACUAAUACCAAUCAAGGCAACAGCCGUGAUAAAGUGAAGAAGAGACACGUAAAUGGUUAUCAGGAAAGGCUGUCGUCAGAAGGUACGGAUGUCGUUCAUCGACGGAACCAGGGGUGCGAAAAGGAAGUCUUAACGUGGACGAGGAUGGAGGAGGAGCAGCAGGUAGGGGAACAGGAGGAUGAUAUAUGUGAAGAGACUUUCCUCGACAAAAGACGUUUGAUUCACACGGAGAGUCACUGUAAAAGAAAUCCCGAAACCGCACCAAGUGACUCUCCGGGUGUGACUUGUGGAUUGCUCAAGGAACGAAUCUUUCUCAUUUCUAUCCCGAUUCCUUUCUUGUUAUGUUACGUGAUUUACGCGUGGAUGCUGUUUUUGGUUCCACAUGCUGAACAUCUAGGCAUCCCCCCUUCCACCGCCAUCUACCUCUCCACAAUAGGCGGGAUAGCUGGCAUUCUAGGUCGGACUCUCUUCAUCAUCCUCAUCCGCAAAGGCUUCAGUGACCUCAACAUUUACAUCGUCGUCGGUUUAAUCUGCACUGGGUCAUUCUUGCUGGAUUUCGUCGGUUCUGCUUAUCCAGUCCGGGCCAUCCUGGCAUUUUUCCAAGGCUUCUCUUUCUUCAUCGAAGAAUCUGUGUAUAGCAGCUUAUCCAAGGUCGCGAUAUUCGACGAAAAUAAUUUCGCCAUGGCCUUGGCGACUUUGAACGUCGUCGGUGGACUUGGAGUAACCAGUGCAGGAUUAUUUACAGGGUACAUGUAUGACGUCACUCAGUCAUUUACGACAGUCUUCAUCAUCAUGGGUGUCAUUCACGGCAUUGCUGUCAUCAAUCUCCUCAUCGUGGUUAUUCUAAUCAAAAGGCGGCGAUGAUUUGAUUUUAAUUAUUUUUUCACUUUUGUUUUCAUUUAUAAUUCAUAAUGAUAGAUAAAUGAGAUACAAUAUAAAGCUGAAAGGGUGAACCUGUCUAGAAACAUAUUAAAGUAUUCAAUGACUAAUAAUAAGUUAUAAAAAAGUUUUUUCCAAAAGUUUUGAUGUCUUGAUUAUUCAUAUAUUCUUUUGAAUUGUUUUUUUAUCCACAAAAACAACAAUGCGUCCAUUAGCGACUGGUAUUUCACAGUUGGCCAGGAACAUUGAUGUAAAUAAUGCGAUAACAAAAACAAAUUGAAUUGAAUUAAAUUGAACUGAAUUUAAUUUAAUUUAAUUCAAUUCCAUGACAACAUGCUAAUGCGUUCAUGGCAGAGAUGCAAAAAAAACCUUGAUAAAGUUUUCACUGUGUGCUAUUUUACUCACCUGGUCUAUGCAAUUUUUGCAUCCUGCUAUGUAAGGCAUGUUUACAUAAUAUCUUAAUUAGAAAUCUGCCUUUCAUACUUAAAGAAAUGAAAGGUCAUUUGACCCAAAUUGCCCAUGAGAUAACUCCGAACUGGUCUAUUCUGGAACUCUUUACCUUCCCGAUUACAAGUAUAAAUCUCAAUAGCCAAUUACACGGAAUCAAUCAAGACCAAUAUAGUUUUCAUUGUUGUAAUUGACGUUAUGGUUUCAUAGUGUAGUGUAUUUUAAUUAAAUAGCAUGAUACCUUUUAAUGAUAUGUAUCUUAAUGUUAGCAUAAUAAUGUAGAAUGUAAAAUAAAUAUGAUUUAAUCAUUCUUCUGAGUAAUAAUCUAAAGCGCUUAGAGAUUUCGAGAUUAAGCGUUAUAAAGUUACAUCAUCAUUAUUAUUUUUACUAUUAUUAAUAUUAUUAUUAUUAUCAUUACUUUUAUUAUUAAUUUAUUUGUCUGUUAUCAAACAUGCAAAGUAUGGAAUCUGGUAGCAAUAAAGGUUGAAUUGAAUGUAAA